CUGGUGCACGGUGACUUCGGGCUCAGUUUAGUUGCAGUGCGCACUGCGGUCACAACGUUGCCUCAUGCGGCAGCUGACAACAGAAGCAGAAGCAGUGGCCGACGCAGAGGCAGAUGAAGACAACCGCCAUGAACAACAGCAAAAAGCAGGCGCAGCAGAAGAAAGAGGAGGAGCAGCUGCUGCUGCACACGCUCAAGAGACUUUGGAGCCUUUAUCUGCAAGCCACGGACUCUGAGACAGACGAUACCCAAUCAGCGAGUGUCAAGGAACAUUGGCUUUGGCUUUUACUCUACAACUGUCAGUUCCUCGAUCCGCAAACUCUCAGCAAUGCUCAGUUCAAUAGUGACUUUAAUCAGCUGCCCGAGGAGCUGUGUUCAUAUCUGUUGGCGCAAGUGUAUCAGAUUAUCAGCAAAGCCAAGCGCUGCAAGGAGUCAGAGUUGGAUUCGGCGCCGGAGCAGCAGGAUAAGUGCAUUAAGCGGCUGCGUAAGCAACACAAUUUAGCACAGUUAAUACUGAGCACACCCAGCGAUUGCAAUAAAAUUUUGGCACUGCGUACAUUUCUAACCAAUGGACUUGGACAACAUUUGCUGGAGUUUCUGCUACGUGUGCAGGUCAAGCACAUAGCUUCGCAGAAAAGCCUUUGCCAGCUUUGCAUCAAUUUGUUUCCCAACUGCGAGUGGAGCGCAACAAAUGUCAAGUUGCAAGCAUUGACAAGCGUGCAACAGUUUAUCAACAGUUUGCAGCUCAAGACGCCAAAAAGCAAAACCAAGCGAUUGCAACAAAAUCAACAUGUUGACAACAUAUACAAGCAAGAAGUGCUGCACAGUUUUGAGGCAUUCAAAAGUUCCUGCAAAUCAAGCGAUGAACUGGCAUUAAUUCUCAUACAGCUGCUAACCCGUUGUCUGGAGGCCGCAGAGGAACCGCAGCUAAGCGUAAGUGUGCAUAAUUUUGCGCUAGGACAUUUAUGCAGCAACAGCAAUGUGUUACCCGCAACUGGAACUAAUGAUGAACUGAUUAAAUUUGAGUUGCUGCAGUUGAUUGUGCACUGUCUGAAUAGCUUUAAGCUCAAUGAGUUGCCCGAAAGCGAUGCCUGGGAUUUCAGUCAGCUGCUCUAUGCACUGGCAGCAAAUAGCGAGAGUAGUCUGCUUAGCCAGGGCUUGCUGUACAUCAUCUAUGGCACUCUGCUGAACUUGCUGUCAGAGCCAGGCGCAGCACAGUUACUCCUGCAACAACUGGAGGCACAACGCUUUGAUAGCUGCUUUGAAUUGUUGGCAGCUAGCCAAAGCGACGGCUUGUUGUUUGUGAGCAACUAUAAGCUGCUUUUACGUCUCAUACAACAUUUAGCGCGACAACAGCAACAGCAAGGUGAGCACAAGACGCGCCACCAACGGAAUUCACGCCAGCUACAUUGCCAGCAACGCGGCAGUCUAAGUUGUUAUUUUCAUGGCAGACUUUAUGCGCUGUUGCCGCUGCUUAGCGUGGAGCUGCAGGAGUUGGGCGUGCGCGCCUUGUUGCGUCAAGGCAGCUGUUGCUGCCACUACACGGCUGAGAACUACGACAAUUGCUUAAAGAUGGCCACACUGCUUACGCCCAGCUACCAAAAGUUGGCUUAUAAAUUUCUACACUACAACAUGUUGCAGGCCGUUUAUCAGCAACAACAGCCACAACAUCAACAGUGCGACAGUUGUGCGGAGAAGCUCAAGUCGGCGCAGUUUCAGCUGCAGCUGCUUGCCAGCUAUAAGCAAGUGUAUGUCAAUCUGCUACUCGAAAGUUCGUCCAUGUUACUGUUUCUCAAGCAUCUCAAGCACAUUGGCUACCUGCUGAGCUAUGAACUUGCCGCAGGACUGCUGGCCGAGCUAGUGCUGCCCAUAUUUCGCAACUACAAGCAAAUGGAGGAGUUGAAGACUGAAAGCAACGCCUGUGACAGACCAAGACUGCUGCUGGCUCCGCAGCUGGAACGCUAUCGCAUCUUGCAUGAAUGCCUUAGCAUAUUUGUUAUGUACCUAAGUGAUAUUCGCCUCAUCAAAGCUUUCUACAUUGAGGAGAAUAUUAAUCACAUGCAAGACCUGCUGGCCAUACCUGAGCUGCAGCGUGGAGUCUGUGAUCUCAUCAAAGUGGGCAUCGACAAUAUUGCCUUUUUGGGUGACAAUAGCCAGGAACAGGUCAGCCUAAGUAGACGCCUCAUACAGCUGCAACUAAAUAGCAGUCAACAUGCUGCACAAUUGUUUCAAGCGCUGCUGCAACGUUGCUGCAACCCAAAAUUCUGGCUAGAUGAGUGCGUAAGCUUGGACAUGCUGCACGGUCAUCAGCCUGUGGAUAUACUCUAUAUAGCAGCACUGCAAUGGACUCUCAACUAUGAGCUGCUCAAAACCAGUCAGCUGUUCUACAAUGAAUUUGCCAAGAUAUAUUCUAUACCUGUGGAGCUAGCAGUAGAGCAGGAAGAGGAGCUUCCUGCAACGCAGUCACACAAAACAAUCAUAGACAUACUCAAACUAAACUAUAAUGCAUUGAGUUGCUUCCUCAUGCUACCCAAAUCCGCAAGCCAAACAAGCACAACCACAACACCAACACCAACCUCCUCCCCCGCCGCUGCCGUCGUUGCCGCCUCAACAGCUACGCCGCCCAUUUAUGCCAACCACAUUAAUCACUCAAGUUCAUUGGAAGCGCUUGUUGACAGCGCGCUCUCAGUCUCGCAGACAACGGCAGCCAGCUCGGACUACGUCGACUCUUCGCUAGACUACGCCACUGUUAUCGACAGCUACGCCGAUCAAACGCAUUUGCCUUCAUUUCUGCAACACUUGCAGUCCAUUCAGCCUGACGAGAGCAUCGUGCUCUUUGAUAUACGCGGCAUUCAAGAACCGGCGACGCCGACGCUUGCCAAUCUCACAGUGCCCGCUGUGGAGCAUGAGGUGGCGGACAACGGCUUCAUUGGCAAAAUCUUCAACAUGGUCGGAUCGCUCUUUGGCAAUACCAGCAACUCUAACGACACCACUAGUAGCAACAACAACAGCGGUCACAAUCGUGCCAAGCCAGACGUUCCUGCUGAUUUGAUAUGUCUCUAUGAGCCAAAUGGUGAAUGCAAGAAAUUCUUAUUGAAACUUUUUGAGGCGACCAUGGCCAUCUGCAUCAAGGGCUUUCAGAACGAAGAAGUGGAAAAGAUGCAAAAGCAUCUGCGCAAGCUGAGGGCCAUUUUGUUGAGUAACGCCAACGAGAACUGGACGGAGCAUGGUGAGCAGCAUGCACGGGAUAAUGCUGUCAUACAAACGCUGCAAACGCUUUUGAAGAUUGCCGAGCUCUCCACCAACCACAAUGAGCCAGCGGGCGUGGUCAGUCCGUCAGCAGGCGAUAACUCGUCGCAGCAAAGUCGUCCACGUGCGCGCUCCAUUAACAGCGGCGGUAGCGGCGGCAUGGAGCUGCCACGCGGUAGCAAGUUGCCGGCAAAGAACGCCUUGGCCACACCACCAACACCACGUCGCAGGCCCAAUUCCAGCGAGGCGGCUCUAGGAGAUGCUGAUUACUUUUCCACGCGCGCCUCGCUCAGCUGUGUCGCCGAUAGUGAGCUGGAGCUAAGCGAGCACGAGCUGGACUACUAUCUAACCGCCGACGAGGGCUACGAGGCGGAUGCCGAAAUAGCCGAGCUAAGCGAAUCCGAUUGCGAGCUGCCAACUGCUGCGGCCAAUGAAUCCUGGACGCCGUUUCAGCCCUCUUCACGCUACCGUAGCCACAUUAUGCACGAGGGCUUGAGUCAACUGGUGGUACAGCUGCUGGUCGAGCUGUCGCUGCUGUGCCUGCACCAACCCGCUGGGUGGACAGAGAGUCUUACGCAAUUGGCAAAUCGUUUGUUUGUCAUACGCGACUAUCUUGGGGGACCGCUGUGCCUGCUGCAAGGCUUUGCGCCCGUGCUGAGCAGCAAUGAACCAAAGCUGCGAGAGCUGCAGCAAUCCAUACUGGAGCUUAUCAGUCAUCUGAAUACUCCAGAUGUGCUGAGCGCCUACUUUGGCAUAUUGGCCAGUAAGCAGCCGUCGGUGGAUCUCUUAAUGCGUCACAUGCAUCACAUCUGCCUGAGCAAUCUGCGCAAAGCGCAGCCCAGCAUGGAGCUAGAGUUCCCUAUAAUUAACGAUGGCAAAAUAGUCAUCACAGCAGAUCCUUUUAUCAGUGAGCAAAUUGAGCGUGUGCGCCUCCAGCAUCAACACUGCCAGGCCACGACGCUCUUUACCCGUGCCGCUUGCAUUGUACCCAUAACGCAAACACGGCUCUGGCAAGCAGAGGGUCUAACCCUCUCUUUAUGGCUGGAAAUGAAGACACAGCAAAUGCAACGCAGUUCUACGCAGUUAAAUGAUGAUGAGACCCGAUACUCUGGCGAGGAUCUGACGAAAACUCAUCUUGUUUCGCUGGGUAGCAGCGCCGCCAUGUUGAGCAUUUACAUAAGCAACAAUCUGCAGCUAAUCUUUGAAAUGGUUAAGCCCAGCGAGCAGUUGCCGACGCGCGUUGAUGAACAAUUGGAGCAACUGCAUAACACGGAGCUGAAUGCGCAACAUGCUAGCAUAAACAAUACAAAUGCUGGAAGCUUUCGUCAGGCACUCAAGCAGACCAAAAUGGCGCUGCUGAAUAGUUUUGGCCAGAUGCAUUUGCUCAAUGGACAUGGCCAGAGCCCUGCAGAUGCAGCCGGCGGUUACUACGAGGGCGGCUGCGUGCAAUUGCAGCGCUGCCAAUUGCCACGCAACAAAUGGACGCAUCUGGUGUUUGCGCUGCAACAUGAGCCAUCUGCGCUGCAUAUACACAUCUACCUGGAUGGACUGCGAUUGCAGCAGUCGGUGCAACUGCCGUUUAACAACUCUCGUCUAGCCUCGCGCUCACAUAGCUUCCAACUGCUUGCAGUGGGCGAAAGCGCACCCAGUCAGAGCAGCUCCUCACACAGCACUCUGGACGGCAGUGCGCCUCGCUAUGGCUUGUCGAAUUUGGUGCUAUUUAAGCCUUGCCUGCUGGAGCCGAGACUUUUGCUAAAUCUUACUGCCAUGGGUCCGGACUUUACAGAGUUUACCCAAUGCCAGGUGGCCAACUGGAAGCCCAACUAUGGUUAUCUGCAGUUGGCCAAGCUGCAGAGCUGCAACUUUGGCAGCCAAGCGGAGUGCAUGAAGCAACUGCGCCAGGCACGGAUGCUUGUCUACAGUGCGCAACAGCCGGAGAUGGUUAUGUGCUACGAUGCCAGCCAGGAGUUGGACAUGACUUCUUGCUAUGGACGACCCCAGGGGCACAUACUCUAUGGUGAGCUGCUGCAGCAGCAGCCACAAACAUUGCAGUCGGCUGUGCUCCUCAGUGGUGGACUGUCCAGUUUGCUGUAUCUAUUUGCCAGGAUAGUGGAGCUAAAUGGUUCCGGCAACUCGCAGGCUUUGGCUCUGGAUCUUUUGCUGCAGGUAGCGCAUGCAGAUGCUCAACUGUAUACCGAGUUUCAGCGUCAGGACUACGCUGCGCUUAUUGGCUAUGUCAUCAAGUCGGAACGUUGCGCCAAGGACACACAACUGUUUCGUAGCAUUGUGAACAAUGCGUGUUCCCAGCCGCUGAUAAGCCGCAAGGGCGACACGCUGCUGCAGGUGAAUGACAAUACAAGCGCCUGUUUGGUAUAUCCACGACUGCUGCUCGCCGUGCUGCAGCGCUACUCCGACUGGCAACGAUCAGGCGCCAAGCAUUCGGAUGUGCUGGAUCUGCUGCUGCGUUGCCUGCUGGCGCUCUGCCGGGACAAGCAUCCGCAACGUGACUUCAAUAUGGAGCAACUACAGCAGUGUGGUCUACUGCGCGUCCUGCUCAAUCUGUGCAAGGUGUAUGUGAUUGAGUCGCCCAAUCCAGUGUAUAUAUCACCCUUUGCUGCCGAGUGCUUCGUGCAGUUGCUGGCAGUGUUCGCGGGCUCGCCGCCUUCGCCUUCAUUGCUGGAUGAAAUGAUGAAGUUGCUGCUGUUGCUGCAAAAGCCCAGUGAGUGCUAUGUCACCCACAAUCGUGGCAAUUUUUAUUUUCUUUUGACGCCACAACUGCCUGUGAAGGAGCGUUCAUUAGUGGCCACCAAUCUAAGUCGGGUGACCACGUCCUUUCGGCGCCAAUCGCCGGCUGUCCAGCAGCAACCACCAAUGGAUGCGGAGCGUGCAGAGCGUAUCAAACGUCUACGUCGGCUACAUGCCACUAGCUCCAGCUAUAAGCGCGCGCUGCAUGAGCUGGAAGAGCAACUGGAGCAGCUGGCCGACUGCAGUCAGUUGAACAAAGCGGCCUUGCGUCUACUAAGUCCUGUGGAAGCAACUCGCUGGCGAAUUAAAUUCAAGCGACGCCAUCCCAGCAGCAGCAGUAGCACACCUGCGCAUACGCCAAAGCGCAGUCCGCUCAAACUGGCGCGCCGACGUCUGCACUCGCAUCCCAGUCGUUGUUGGCAGAGCACGCCCAGCCGCAUAGGAUCGCCCAUUUCAGGCAUGGGCCAAUCUCCACCGCUGCCUGGCGCACGCCAAACGGACUUUUAUGAGCAACUAGGCAUUGUGACCUUGCAGCAGCGUCUGCUGCUGCUGCUCAAGGACUUUCUUUGCCUGCUGCCUGACUCUGCUGUGGAUGAGGUGCUACGUCAUUAUGUUAAGCUAGAGUUUCUGCUUGUGUUGGCCAAUCAGCGCAGCUGCGCCGUUCGCACCGCCAUACUUCAGUUGCUGGCGGUACUGAGCAAGCGCUUGGCUGGCGCGGAGAUGUCCAACGCCUGCAAGCAGCUCUAUCCGCUGCAUUUGGCCAAUCAGUUGACGAUUCAUGCCAGCGAUGAAGCCAUGUUUGAAGCCUGUCUGGCCUGGGUGAGCGAUCUGCAUGGGCUCAGCCUUGCCGACAUGCUGCAGCCGGACGUCACUUUGGCUAUUCGCCAACGCUUUGGACUGCAAGCGUUGCUCGCCAUCUCCAUGGCAUUGGGCAACGGCAGCGGUAACUGGAGCACCAAUAGCGACCAUCAGCGUGUUUACCAGGCACUCAACCGUCUCUACUUGCAAAAUCCCGAUGAACAACUGGCUCUCAUAGAGGCCGGAUUACUGCAGUGCGCCGUCAAGGCACUGCACCAUCUCUACUCAUUGCGUUUGGGCCAGCAGCCCCAUAUGGAUCAGUCGAUUGUGGAACUGCUGAGUAGCAUUGGUGAGCGUGCGCUGAAAUCUGUGGGACAAAUCAAUCUGGUGUGGGACAUCCUUAACAUGUUGGCCUUCUAUCAGAAUAAGCAAUCCUCUGCAAUCGAGCGUAGCUUUCGCACCGUCCAAGCCCAGCUGCAAUUGGAGUGGCUCAAUGUGUUUUUUGAGCCUUGCCAGAGCAAUGGCAAUGCCAACACUGACAGCUGUGGCAGCAACAGCUAUCGGCUGCGUAAUAGUCUGCCCGACUGUGCGUUGAGUCAGGCAGAGUGCAAGACUCGUCUGGAGCUGUUGAUUGAUCGGUGCACGCAGUUUUUCACAGCAGAGGAGACUCAGGCGUACGGCAACAGUGACAAUAGCAGCGGUAACAGCAGCAGUGGGAGCUACGUGGCAAGCAGCCAGGAGUUGGCGCUUUUUGAGCUCUUGGUGUCCUACAGCAUUGCGCACAAUCAGCGGUGUAAUAAUUUUAUUGCCUGGGGCUUGCAGCCGUCACGUCCACGGGAUUUGCGCGCUUACAUUGUGGACGCGCUGUGGCGGAACUGCCAGAACGAGUUCCAAUCGCCAUUGAUAUGCGACGGCAAGAUGAUCAAGGCGCUGCUCUGGCUUAGCCUCAUGGAGGAUUUGCGUCCGCCUAUAGAGAAUCUGUUGCCGCUUUGUCAUGCUCUGGGCAUCGAUGAGAACGACUCGAAUUGGAAUUUGGAGCACGAGCUUGAUCGGCUCGAGGUCAACCGCAGCACCCUGGCAACCAAGCAGAAGCAGCUGCUAGAGAAAACGCUCUACAAGUUUGAGCCGUUGGUGCAGCAUUGCAUUGACACAUCCAUGGUGACCACCAGGCGAGUGGCCGAGCUGCAGAAUGCCGAGCGCAAGUUGUUAAUGUGUCACAUGAAGGACUAUGAUGACACCUAUACCUACACCAAGUGGUUGGAGAUAAUACGUCGCAUGACUCAUGAAGGUGCUCCCUGGUAUUGCGCUGAUCGCGCCGAAUGCUCUUGGGAGCUGGACGACACGGAGGGACCAUCGCGUGUGCACACGCGCUUGCGUCGCUGUCACUUGGACAUUGAUCGACGCUUUUUCAUGCCCGACUAUUGUCCUGGGCAGGGUGAACGCGAUGAGCUGGAGGCAUAUGUGCGUCCGCUGGACUAUUUGAUAGCCAGCUAUGAUCAGCAGUUAAACAUAUCCCUCAACUCGCAAAUUUUGUAUAAUUUUGCGGCAAAGUUUCUGCCCGUGGAUGGUGAAAUCGAUGGCGAGAUUAUCAUUACGGACCAGAAGCUGUACUUUUUGGCCACAUAUCGUUGUAAAUACUUUAAUGUCAACUGUGAUAUAUCAAACAUAACGGAGAUCUGGCUUAAGCGGUAUCAGCAUCAGGAGAAGGCCUUUGAAAUUAUGUUGGACACCAACAAGUCGUUAUUUUUCUCACUGCAGCAUGCCGAAGACUGGAAGAUCAUGCGCGAAGUAUUCUGUGAUAAAAUUGUUGCUGCCGCCGACAAUACCAAAGUGCUGGCCAUAACUCAGCAAUGGCGCGAGGGCCUGCUCACCAACUGGGAAUAUCUGAUGACACUCAACCAAGUCGCCGGACGCACCUACAACGAUCUCAUGCAGUACCCCGUGUUUCCCUGGGUGCUCGCCAACUACAACUCCGAGUGUCUGGAUCUGCGUCUGCCGCAGAACUUUCGACGACUUGCCAAACCCAUUGCCGUGCAGCUGGAGGAGAACGAACAGCACUACAUUAACAAUUAUGCGUACAUUGACAGCACGAACACAAACAUGGGCUCGUUGAUAUUAAAGCCUUACCACUACAGCUCACACUACUCAAACUCCGGCACCGUACUUCACUUUCUGGUGCGUGUGCCGCCCUUUACCAGUUAUUUUCUUCGCUAUCAAGACAACAACUUUGAUCUGCCGGAUCGCACAUUUCAUGCCUUGAACACCACAUAUUGUCUGGCCAGUCGUGAUAGUCCGACGGAUGUUAAGGAGCUCAUACCGGAGUUCUUCUGCCUGCCCGAAAUGUUUGAGAAUUUUGUGCGAUUCAACUUUGGCUGUCGACAGAACGGCGAACGUGUGGAGGAUGUAGCACUGCCGGCAUGGAGUCAAAGAGACGCAAGACUUUUUGUGCUUAUCCAUAGGCAGGCGUUGGAGUCGGAGCUGGUGCGCAAUGAGCUGCACAAUUGGAUAGAUCUAAUCUUUGGCUACAAACAGACGGGCGACAGCGCCGUGGAGGCCGUCAAUGUAUUUCAUCCAGCGACAUAUGCAAUGUUCCUUGACUCAGAGAUAAGCGAUCCUAUAGAGCGCGAGGCCGUCAAGACUAUGGUGAAGACGUAUGGGCAAAUGCCGCGCCAACUGUUCAAGGCGCCACAUGCGGCAAGCAAAUCGAUGGACUACUCCUUGGUUAACGCCAUACCCAUUGUUGCAGACGUGAAGGGUCUGCGUUGGGGCGUCUAUGUGGGCUCGCCGCAGCUGAAGCCGCCAACGCUGGGCAAUAUACAUAAGAUCCCCGGAACGGAGCAGCUGGUGCGAUUUAGCAAUACGAAUGUUGUAUAUGCAUUGCCGGCACGUGCUGGCAUCAUGCAGGGCGCCGAACCAGACACAUAUAAUGUUAUAUCCUGGGGCUACGAUGAUCAUAUUGUGCGCAUUCAGCCGCUAAACAAGGCGCAGGCUAAACCAAAAAAUCUGCUGCAUAAUGGCAGCUUUGAUCAGAUUACCGCCUGCGGCUGCGACAUAAACUGCAAUCAACUCUGGUUUGGCCACAAAUCGGGCAGGAUUAGCAUCUAUAAGUGUGCCGGCAGCGCAGAAACCCAACAGCGAGCUGCCAGCAAAAGCCGGCAGAGCUAUGUGCGCGGCCUGCGUUUGUCAUACAACUCGGCUUUUCGCAAGAUGACUACGAAGAGCAGCAGCAGCAGCGCUACGGGAGUCGAGCUUUCUGAAGAAUCUAUGACGCAGUCCAUCACAUCCACUGGAUCAGCCAGUGGCUCGUUACAGAGUAAUUUGACAGAUGGCGCUGAUGUUAGUUGGGUAGGACCAGCCUGGCUGGUGCGACACACUGAUGAGAUUACCUGCAUCGCCUUGUCUGUGGAGUUUAAGAUUGGUGUCACAGCUGGACGGGAUGGCAUUGCUGUUAUUUGGGAUCUUAAUGACUGGAGUUAUGUACGUACCAUUGCGCGUCCUGCGGAGAUACAUCAGUCACCGGUUACCUUUGUGGCUAUCAGUCCCACUCUAGGCGAUAUUGUUACCGUGCAUACCUUGCCGCAGCAGCCGGCCCAAUCUGUUCCCACCAAAACCAGUGCGCCCAGCACAGCGGAUGAAUGCUUCGAGGUGACUGAAGAGAGCCUGGAUGACUUUGUCAAUGUUAACGUUAACCCCAAUGGCAAGUCCAUUUUACGUUUGCAUACGGUAAAUGCCCGAUAUGUACAUCACUUAGUACAUGAGGAUCGCAUCCAGGCUGUAUGCUAUUCGUACAUAAAGGAGGGAGUGGGUGUCAAUGUUAUAGCCACCGCAGUCGAAGGUGGCUUUGUGCGAUUUUGGUCCAGUUGGAAUUUAAGCUUUGUUAGGGAACUAACCACUGGCACGGCACCCAUUCGCAGCAUCACAUACUCUACGCAUCAGCAUUUGGUGGUGCUGACGCGCGACUCUCACAUCCAAGUCUGGGAGUGCGACGGACUUUACGGCAACUCUCCCAAAUUUCCACAAAUUGUCUACAAGUGAGAAAGAGCAUAGAAGGAUACAUACUCAACGCAAGCAUAUCAAUGACAACAGUUAAUAAAUCAAACUAUACAUAUAUACAUAUACUAUAUCUGUAAACGGGCUACAAUGUGGCCUGUUAAUAUAUUGUUUAUCAUGCACGUUAUACUCUAGUUUCGUAUUCUUUAAGUUUAUAGAUUUGUUCAAAACAAUAAUUUUGUAUAUUUCUAAAUGAU